AUGUCAACAGAGUAUAUUGACAAUAACUCACGCUCGUCAGAUGAGGACAGUGGGACAUACGAUGAGUGGAUCCCAUCGUUCUGUUCACGGUUUGGUCAUGAAUAUUUUUGCAGAGUACCCACCGAUUUCAUCGAAGAUGACUUCAACAUGACUUCGUUGGCCCAAGAGGUACCGCAUUACCGUAAAGCUCUGGAUUUGAUCCUUGAUUUGGAAGACGUCAGUGACGACGAGUCUCAGGGACAGAAUAGCUACGACCAGGACGGAGACCACAACAUGGAUGCUUCAAAGGAGAAAGAUGGUAAAGGAAAGACACAGAUCGUGAACCGCAGCAUCAUUGAACAUGCAGCUGAACAAUUAUAUGGGUUGAUCCAUGCCAGAUUUAUCCUGACGAAACAAGGUCUACAAGCAAUGGCAGAGAAAUUCGACCAUAAACAAUUCGGGACAUGUCCUCGAUAUUAUUGUAAUGGGAUGCAAUUACUUCCAUGCGGACUAAGUGAUACUAUUGGUAAACACACUGUGAGAUUAUAUUGUCCAAGUUGCCAGGACCUAUAUUUGCCUCAAUCUUCGAGGUUCUUGUGUCUGGAAGGUGCUUACUGGGGCACUAGUUUCCCAGGUGUAUUUUUAAAACAUUUCAAGGAGUUAGAGGACUAUGUUGAACGUAAGGGAAAGGAAUCUUAUCAACUAAAAGUGUUUGGAUUUAGAAUUGCAGACCAAGCUAUUUCAGGUCAGAGAAUGAAGUGGUUGAGACAAUACCCUUCGACUGAAGAAGAAUGGGAUGAGUUUGCAAAAUGUGAAUUCGAACUACCCCAACCAUAA